CACAUACUUCAAUUAAUUACCGUACUCCAGGACACCAACAACCUGGAAAAUAAGAACAGAGAACUGUGCGUGUAGCCAAUGCUCUUGUGAUGGCCGCCGAGGCAUCGUUCUCCACACCUUACCUCCAACACCUUGACCCCUCACAGCCACAUACCUUCGAGCUCCCCUCCAAGAAGAUAAAUGAGGGUAGCGAUGUCUCCAUAUUCCUUACCUCCCUUGGCUAUAGGGAUAUCAUGACUUUCAUCCUACAACUUAACCGCGCCAUGGUCCCUUCGAAAAUCACGGAGAAAGAUGGCUCCCAACGCGUGCAAACCUGGCCCCUCAACUGUGAUGCGGUUGAGUUCUCAGAGCCCGUCCGGCGUCUGCAGUCAUUACUUUCGAAGAUAGAUUCGAUAAUCGAUGAAGUACCUCCGGACACAGGUCCGAGACGUUUUGGAAAUGUUAGCUUUCGUAGAUGGUGCGAGGAAGUGGAACGGCGAGCGCCGGAGCUGAUGGAUGAAUGUUUACAGCCUGAAGUUCUGCAGCACGGGGCCCAGGGCCUCGAUUCGUUAUCUGCGAAGGAGGAGCUUAUAGCUUAUUUCAUGGGGAGCUUUGGGAGCCAACAGAGGCUAGAUUAUGGAACAGGGCACGAGCUGAGCUUUGUGGCCUUUUUGGGUUGUCUAUGGAAGCUCAACGGGUUCCCGAAGGCUGGGGCUGGAGUGGAGGAGAGGGGGAUUGUUUUAGGUGUCAUUGAACCUUAUCUUGAGUUGAUUCGGCGCCUCAUAAGGACAUAUACCCUCGAACCUGCUGGUUCACAUGGUGUCUGGGGUCUUGAUGACCAUUCUUUUCUGCCUUACAUCCUUGGAUCUGCACAAUUCUGUCCUCCAAUAUCAGAGUCAGACCAUACUCCUACUGAGGGCUCAUUGCAGACCGCGCCGGAACCAGCUACCGUGGCAAAAGCGAAUAUCGUGGAGAAGGAGCCUAUUGGAUUUAUAUACGAUGUUAAAAGGGGUCCAUUUUGGGAGCAUAGUCCUAUGCUUUACGACAUUUCAGGGAUUAGAGAUGGCUGGGGAAAAAUAAACAAGGGCAUGAUCAAAAUGUAUAAUGCCGAGGUCCUCUCCAAAUUCCCCGUCGUCCAACAUUUUCCCUUCGGUUCCCUUUUCCGCUGGGAACAUGACCCCACGGCUGUAGCAGUAGCUCCGUCCGUUCAUCUCUCCAGCAGACCAGAAAGGCCGGGCGAAACGACCUCUCCAGGUUCCGUUAAGCCCACAGUUGGAGAACUCCAUGGAACAAAGGCUCCUUGGGCGAAGCCCGCAGCUGACACGGGCGUCACUUCUAUCCCUGGCAUGUCCGCACCCUCCGCCCCGGUGCAGCCUAGAGCUAGACCCCCGCGUGCCCCCCCAACAGCUACAACCGCAGCGCCGUGGAGCAGCAAUCGAGAUAGAGACACUGCUGGGAAAUUCUCAUCACCUGAUCCAAACCUACCAACUAGAGCUCCUUGGGCGGGAACAGGAGGAGGGGCAGGCCCAAACAUUCCAACAAAGGCACCUUGGGCGAAAGAACCUGCUGCUGGUCAAUAAUGAGCUGUACUGCAAGUUCAAUCCUGGCAACCGUAUGGCAUGUCCUUGCGAGAAGUCUGCGGAGUCGUACGACGAGAUUCGCUUUUAUUAUAUUCUGUGGAGUAUUGACGAGCUUAGUUAUGAGUAAAUGACUGAUGAAUGGUUUCAUGUACGAUAACGAUGUGAAGUAGAUUGGUAAUAAUCCAAGGCGUUUCCUAAAUUGAUACGUAUGAAGUUCAUGAUUCGUUGAUCUAAAUAUACAUUUGCCAAAGCCAAAAAUACUCGGGGUAUCACAUGAGUUGAAGGAAAAUAAGCAAUAAGAAAAGACAUAUACCAAAGUAUGAGGAAAGAAAGGGAUCGAGCAUAUUCCAGUUAUUCGGAAUCAUCUGACCACUCAUAUCCCACCAGGGGUGUGGCCGAUGCUACUCGUCGGGGGUUGGAGGCUUCCUCAUCUGCGUCCGUAGCCGUUAACUGCGGUGGCCCAAUCACAUUCACCAUGUUCGGAAUAUUGCUAUUAUGACAAUCCUUAUCAUCGGAGCCGUCGUGUUUCCGUUCUUGUUGCGGUCUAUUCCCGGAGGACACCCCAGCGGUAGAUUCGAGCAUCUUUCGCCGCUUAACCCCAGGGGUCCAAUCUGAAUUGUCAUCCAGCAAAAAAGGGUCAAUAGCCGCCUUCGUAUUUCCACUUAACUCUUUCUGUAACAGCGCCUUCCGCUCUGCUGCAAUAGCGUCUGGUUUCUUUGGACGCUUUUCCUUUUUUGCCCGUCCUCUAUCCGGAGGGGUGACCGGAAGCGACUUGGUCUCAAAUAGUGGCUUCGAAAUCGCAUGGCGAACAAUCGCUCCACCCGCGGCAUUAUCGCCUGCAGGGGCGAAAUCCACCAUUUUUGCCCUCAACCGAUCCCCCUCAGACUCCUCCAACAACUCAAUCCCCAAACUCAUCCUAUCCUGCAGCGCCUUCGUAACUCCUUGCGCAGCCUCCCUCCGUUUCCUUUCUGCCCGAAACACCCUCCGCAGUCUACGUGACUGUUCAUACGGAUCCUCCCAAUCACGCUCCUGCCGUUUCAUCAAUUCCUCCAUGCGCGCCUUCUCCGUCAUAACUCGUUUCUGAUCCGCCACUUUCCCCUCGAGUUUCGAAAACGCAUCCUUCUCUGUAGAGUUACCCGAGCCAACAUCAUGGGGUAUCCGUAACGUAAUUUCUCCGUCCUCCUCGUAGCCACCUUUGUCCAACUCACCCGUAUCCUUCCUUCGCCCACC